GAGUGCGAAAAUGUAUGCCGACCAAAGAGCGGUUGACAAAGCUGGGGAAAAUAUUGCCAGUGCAGCUCAAGCAACGAAAGAGUACGUAGUCGGUGCAGCCCAACCGGAAAAGGAAGAGACCCCUGGAUUCCUUGAAUCAGCUAAGAACACAGCUAACACAGCUGGGGGACAUGUUGCCACUGCAGCUCAAGCAACGAAAGACUAUGUAGUCGGUGCAGCCCCGCCGGAAAAGGAAGAGACCCCUGGAUUCCUUCAACAGACUGGAACGGCGGUGGUGAACACGGCACAAGGUGCAAUGGAGGCUGUGAAGAACACGGAAUGA